AAAGAAAUGGGUUCACUAUUGGAGAGAGUAUGAUCCUGAUCUCUUAUCUUAUAUUGACAUUGUAAAUGAGUACACUUUCCAGUUAGGAUUUGUAGGUGUCCAACAAUUAAUUGUUGCUGGACCAUCUGGAAAGUACUUUGAAUUAGAAGGUGAUGAAGGUAUUAGGAAAUUAUUAUCAUUUGUCUCCGAAGAAUACCAUAUCAUUCAUUUUUUUGCUACUGAUGAAUGUGAAAUAGGCGGCAUGUUCCAAAUAUUCUACAAAGUGAUGAAUCAUUUUUCUUAGUACCUAAUUUUGUUAAUGAAGUUGGGACAGAUGCGCAUGUUCCAAAUGUUCUACAAAAUGAUGAAUCACUUUUCUUAGUACCUAAUUUUGUUACUGAAGUUGGGACAGAUUGUAGUGACACUGAGGAUGAUAAUGGUAUGGCAUUUGAUUGUCCAGAAUAUGAUAGUGAGGAAUUAGAGAGACUUGCUACCCACAAGAGAAGGGCUAUCAUUGAAAACUUGAAUGAUUUUAGGGAGUUAGUUAAGGGUAUGACCUUCAAAGACAUACCAGAAGCAAGGAAUUUCUGUAGACUUUAUGCACUGGCAAACAAGAAAGAGUUAGUUGUUGAAAAAAGUGAUACGCAUAGGGUGAGAUAUUCAUGUGAUGCUGUAGGAUGCCCAUUUAUAUGCCACAUAUCUGAUGAUGAGACUACUGUUGGGGUGACUGUUAAGACUUUAAUUCCUCAUAGUGAUUGUGGUGUAGUGUAUGAUAACCCACUGAUUAACUCUAGUAUCAUAGCUCAAUAUUUCAAGGGAAAGUUACAAGAUGACCCAAAAUACAAGGUAAAAGAUAUGAGGGCUGACUUACAUAGAGUUUUUAUUUAAAUGUAAGUGAAGGAAAAUGCAAAAGAGCCAAAAGAGAGGUUCUGGAAACUCUGGAAGGUAGUUUUACAGAUAAUUACAAAAAACUGGAGGCCUAUGCAAAUGAAUUGAGAGAAUCAAAUCCAGGAAGUGAUGUUGUGAUUAAUUUGUCCAAGGAGGCACUAGCUCAAGGUAAAAGGAAAUUUCUAAGAAUGUAUAUUUGUUUCAAGGCAUUGAAAAUGGGUUUUAAGGAAGGGUUAAGACCAUUUAUUGAGUUAGAUGGUACAUUCCUUAAAGGAAAAGCCAAGGGUCAAGUAUUGGUUGCUAUUGGUCAAGACAGUAUGAACCAAUUUUACCCUCUAGCAUGGGCAGUGGUUGAUAAAGAGACCAAGAGGACUUGGAGCUGGUUCUUACAGCAGUUGCAACACUCACUUGAACUCCAUAAUGGCAAAGGAAGAACCUUCAUAUCAGACAUGCAGAAGGGACUGCUUGAUGCAGUAAAGAAUGUACUGCCUGAAGCACAUCAGAGAUUUUGUGUAAAGCACAUUGAGGCAAAUUGGUGCAAAAGGUGGAGUUGAAGAAGCUUCUGUGGUGGGGUGCAUGGUCCUCCUAUGCUGAGGAGUUUGGAGACCAACUUGAACAGAUGAAGCAGUUGGAUGAACCUGCUGCAAAGGACUUAAUCAGCAGCAAGGUAUAAGCCCAUCAUUGGUAUCAUAGCAAGGAGGCAUUCAAGCUAGCAUACAAACACAAGUUGCAACCGAUUAGGGGCGUACAGUUUUGGAAUGUUGACCCUUCUCAGGACAUGGAACCACCAGCUUUGGUCAAACUUGCCGGCAGACCCAGGAUUAAGAGGGAUAGAGGGAAAGAUGAGGCCCUUAAAAGGCAAGGUGAAUGGAAGCUUUCAAGAAAAGGUAGAGUGAUGACUUGUAGCAACUGUGGAGAGCCAAAUCAUAAUGUUAGGGGUUGUGGCAAGCUAAAGAAAGGCAAGCAACAAGCUAAGAAAAGGCAGCCUGCUAGGGGAAAAAAGAGGCAGACUCGGGGCUUAGUUGAUGAAGAUGAAAAUUCCCAAGUUGAAGAAGAAAUCAACUUAACAGCCCCCCAACCAACCCAAGACAGUCAGCCCAUGCCUUGUGAAUUCAUGCCUACUCCAGUGCAUUACGGGCAUGCUUCUAGUAGCAGCACCCCAUUUCCUAACUUUGAAUAUCCUUCAGUUGAGAAAGAUGAUGAAGACCCUUUUCUAAGGCCCAUAGUGAUUUCUGAAUUUUCCACAAGACUUCAAAUGAGGCAGAAAGCACAAGUACCAACAGGUAGAAGGGCAAUAAGCUUUAGAGGUGACCACAAUUGUGUUAGUGAGGCAACCAAUCUUCCAGUCUCAUUAACAAGCUUAACUUGGCAAGGGAAUGAUGCAGUUACUACCAACCAGUUGGAGGCUAAAGCUCAAGAGAGGAUUGGGAAGUUGAAUCCAAGAAGGGGACCUAACAGUUGAUUUAGCUUUAUGAAAUGUUAUUGUUUUUUGUGAAUUAUGGUGAUGUAUUUACUUUGCUUAAGACAAGUACUCUUAAUUUGCUAAUUGUGUAAUGGUCAAACUAAAUGGAUGCCACAUUAUGACUUGGGGUGUAUUAGUUUUUGGGGUUAUAGUGUGGCAUCCAUACAACUAUUGGCUUAUUUUGUGUUGUGGUUGACAGUUUCUUUAGCAUAUUUAUGGUGUUUGAAAUGUCCAGUUGUUUUGUCG